AAGACGAGCAAUUAGUCUGUUUUCUUCGCGAUAAAUCUUAUAAAUACACGCUGCUAUAAUUUAGCGUAAUUUUUAAACUAGCGAAACAAUCGCACGUCCAAUAACGAGGUCUCUCACCCCGCGAACGAUAGAUAAUCCGAGGUCAAAGAUGCGGUUAUGCUCUUUGAAUUCCUUCAUUUGCUCCGCCGACACUGGGACCGUGCGCAUCGAUCGUGAACAUGACUGUGAAAUUUGUUUGGCUGGUCGGUGUUCUGACGCUGACGCUCCUCGUGCUAAUCGAGACGUCCGCGUUGAACGAAACGAGGAUCAAGAAGGAAGAUUAUCAGAGAUUAAAGACGUACGACGUUAAGGAAAAGGGGAAGAAAGUGAAAGAAACGAAGAUCAAGCUAAUAUUCAAGAAGUGUCACGACGGAGACCGUUGCUCGAUCGUGGACAAAAGCGACGAAACGCGCAAGGACAGAAUCAAAAGAAACGCGAGCACGGUGAACGAGCUGGAGGACACGAAGAAAAACUACAAAAAGCUGAAGCUGAUUCGAACUCUCAGUGGUUUCAAGAAGUGGGCGAACAAAGAACACUCGAGCGACUCUAACGGUGACGAGUUCGCGAAUAGGAAGAUCAAUCCGCGUCACGUGAGCUAUUUCGCGAACAACGAGGAACGAACCAGUAGAUCGGAACGUUACGCGGUGACCAGGAAUUUCAAGGAUGACAAAUCGGAGUAUUAUGCGCAGCGGAAAGCGGUUAUGGACAGAUUUUACGCUCGCCAGAGAGAAAUAGCCGAAAAGUACGCGAAGAAAGUAUCCACCACUCCUAGAUACAUCUACAGAUACGAUUUGGAUAAGGAGGCGGACAAGAACAAUUUAUUCGUGAAGAUCAAGACGGAUAACACUGAUCAAAACGAAACUAGCAACGCGGUGAACGGCACGAGUUACGAUCCCGAGACGACUACUUUCGCGACUUCCACGACGACGACGACGACGACGCAAGAACAGGUCACAGAAAUGACGACUGUGGCCAAUCGUAUUAGUCGUUCGAACCAAGAUCAAGCCGACGAAGAUUCGUAUGACGAAGAAAGGGACGACGUGGAAUAUCGAGAAGAUAACAAUGACAAUCAGAAUAUCGAAGACUGGGAAGCAGACGACAGGAGGAGCGAUACGUUGAAGUAUGGUACUUGUUCUGGUAAAUUAGUGUAUCAGCAUAAUCUAAUUAUCGCUGUGCACAAAUCGUUACUAUCCGAGGUGGACUUGACGACAUCGGUGGAGGGACCAUAUUGCGUCACGUGCAUCAGAGUGGUGCCAAUGAACAAUAACCGUGGCGAGGUAACCUGGGAAGCGAAUCGCAGACAAAACGGCAGCUUCAGCACCGUGAAGCUUAGAGUCAAAGGCAUAGACGACGGUGAAUUAUCGUUGUCCGUGAAGGUCUGGGCCGUGAACAAAAUAUUUAACACUUGCGUCUGAACAAAACGUUGCGCGGUAAUAUUACAUUAUAAAUAACCCAUAUAAUAUCCACCUACCACCCAAUUCAUAAGUUUCCUCUUAAUCUUUUCACCGUCUCCUCAAAAGCCUAAUUGACUCCACUUUUUAUUAAUUUACUGCAACGUAGUCACCAGACUACAUUGAGACCGACUUUUUCUACUUCUAAAUGAUCAAAAUAAGAAUAUCGAAUAUCGUCGAUGAAGAAAUGUCAAGUAACAUAGAACAACGAAAUAAUACUACAAAAUAAAAAGUUCGCUCUCAUUGCGCCUUUAUUGUGACAUAACA